AUGGCAUUCGAUUCGAUGAGUGAAUCAUGUCUUUUUGAUUUAGAAAAAUAUUUACAUUCAAAUCCAUAUCGACAAUAUUCAAUGAAAAAGUCAAAUGUUUCAAAAAAAAUUCCUAUUUCAGCUCAUUCACAACGUUUUAAUUAUCAAAAUAAACCAUCAGUUGUUGCUUUUCAUCAAUUAAUAAAUAAUCAAAAAAAUUCAUUAACACUCGAUCGUAUUGAAUAUAAACUUCGUAUGAAAUCAGAUUUAAAUGUUGAUACUUUACGAAAUACACCUAUACGUUGUCGUCGAAAACAUUAUGAUUCUCUUCAUCAUCAAUUACAAAAUCAUACAAAUAUAAAUAUUAAUGAAACAUUAAAUAUUCUUCCAUCAUCAGCAACAACAAAAUCUUAUCGUCGACAACCAACAGCUAUUACAAUGACAACAAAUUCAACAAAAACAUUAAUUAAUGAUGAAUUUAAUGGUAUCGAAGGAAAUGCUGUACAUGUUGGAACACUUAAUGAUCUUAUAAAACAAUGUCAUCAUGAAGAAUAUCGUCUUUAUCAUCGUGCUAUUGAAUAUUUAGAUAAUAAAUCAAAUUCUAUACAAAAUAAUCGAUUAAUAAAUGAACAUACAAUAUCAAAACCAACAGUAUUAUCUUCAGAACGUAUUAUAAAACAACCUCAAGCAUUAACUGUAUAUCAUUUUAAUGCUCCAACAUUACCACAUACAUCAUUAUCAUCACAAACAUAUCAAUAUCGAAUGAAAGAAAAAUUAAAUAAUAUUGAUCUUCCUUUAUUAAAAAAUCAACAAUAUCGUCAAAGAUCAAGUUCAUUAGAACGACAAUCAACAGCAAUGAGUUCUCGUGAUAAACGAAUACAAGAUUCACGUGAAAAAAUUUUAAUGCAUACAGAAAAACAAGUAUGUAAUUGUAAUAAAUUAACUAUUAUAGAUCCAUUUAUAUCUGAACAACAACAACAAUAUGAAACAAUAAUACCUUUAGCAAAACAACCUUCAGCUAGAUAUAUAUUUCCACCUGUACGUCCAUUUGGAUAUUUUACAAGAAAAUCUAUAGAUAAUAUAUUACCAUCAACACCAUCAUCUAUUAAACAAAAAUAUAAAAUAAAAAAAAAUCAUCAAAAAAUAAUAAAAGGUUCAUUAGAAUCACUUAAUCAAGCACCAUCAGAUGAUGAUGAUAAUUCACAAUUAUUUAAUGAUACAAUUAAAUCAAUGAUUAGUUCAAGUGAUUUUGAUGAGGAUUUACAAAAUCCACCAAAUAUAAAAAUUAGUUUUGAUUUAAAACAAGAUAAACGCUAA